GCGAGCAGCCAUGUUCAAACAGUUUUUUGUUUUUCUGAACAGUGCUUGGUGAAAUAGUGCACAGACCUUGAAAAGGCUUCUCUUUAUCUUUAUUUAACCCCAUUCCCUCCAGAAAGCAAAACUAACAUUUUCAACUGGUCUACAAACUGACAGUGGACUAUCCAGUGCCAAAAAAACAUCAAGUCCACAAUGUCUGAAACGCCAACCCAGCACACAUUCUCCAAAUCCAGAAGCUCUACUUCUACACCACGCAAAACUAACAGAAAAGAGAAGCUAACACCAGCAAGAAGCUGUGAUCUGGACUCGACUGGGGACUCCACAUACUCUCUGCUUUCACCCAUUUAUCACAACAGCUUUGAGAGUGAAGAUGAUUGCACUGAAGCACCGAUUAGACGGUCUGAUCCCACACCCACGGAGAGUGAAGAAAAGGAACAAAGUAAUAGGUUUGAGACACCUGAAUUAAAGCUAAGGCACAUGGAACCAGAGAGGCCUUCCUCUUCAGAAUUCUGUCUUACUGCCUGGGAGGAGUGGAUUGUUCGAAAAGCAAGAGAGGAGAGAAUGGAAAUGCAAAGGAAAGCUCUGAAGGAGAUGAAACUUAAGGAAGAAAAGCUUGAACAACAGGAGAUGGAAGAAAAAAAAAGAAUUGUUGUUGAAGAAAAGUGUCUUGCUUGGCUUCAAAUGAAGAAAGAACAGGAAAAGCUUCUGAAAGAGCUGAAGAAAAGCAAAGAGGCGGAAGAGAUUGAAACCAAGGAGCAGUUGAAAAGACAAAAAGAAGAAAAAUCCCGAGAGAAGUACCAGGCGUGGCUGAAGAAAAAGAAAGAUGAAGAAACAGAGAAAAAACUAAAGGAAGCGGAACAAGAAGCCGCAAGAGAAUUGGAGCUGAGGAACAGGAGAAAAAAAGCAGAAGAUAAAUUCCGUGAAUGGUUAAAAAGUGCUAAGGACAAACCACGACCUACCUCCAGUAGUUUCGGCUAUGCCAAUGGAAAACUUACAGGAUACUAUAAUGGUAACUCAUAUCCAGCUCCAAGCUUUUACAACCCUAUUCCAUGGAAGCCCAUCCACAAUCCGCCCCCAGAUGAGUCAUCUAGAAAAACAACCACAAGAAAAAACAAGAAGCCUGUAAACCAGUUGCUGUAUAGACAAACUCCUGCUAUGAGUUACAAGCCAAAAGAUAACCUCACCGUUGGAUCAACACAGUGGAAGAAGAGGUGACACGGGUUAAGUUUAUUUAAUGCACACCCUUUCCAGACUUCGUCCUCCUAAAGAGUAUACACCACUGGUUUAUAUUGUUCAUCACAGACCUCUC